AUGGGAGACGUCGUGGUUGCGAGCUCAGCGGCCCUUGCGCCGCCGUACAAAAGGACCACACCUGCACACGCGACCCCGAAUAUCGAUCCUCUGGAAGGAGUUGGAAAUGACUAUGGAGAUGACUAUACUACGCUCAAGAGAUUACAACGACACCUAGAGUAUUUAAACCUUCAAGAGGAAUAUAUCAAGGACGAGCAGAGGAGCUUGAAGCGGGAACUUGUUCGAGCCCAAGAAGAAAUUAAACGCAUCCAAAGUGUUCCCCUUGUCAUAGGCCAGUUCAUGGAGGCUAUCGACCAAAACACCGGUAUAGUACAAUCGUCAACAGGCUCGAAUUAUGUCGUCCGCAUACUAUCUACACUUGACCGCGAACUGUUGAAGCCUUCCUCAUCCGUCGCUCUACAUCGCCAUUCCAACUCCCUCGUCGACAUACUUCCACCUGAAGCUGAUUCUUCCAUUGCUAUGCUUGGCAUUGACGAAAAGCCAGACGUGACAUAUGCGGACGUGGGAGGACUGGAUAUGCAGAAACAGGAGAUUAGAGAAGCCGUCGAACUACCGCUAACGCAUUUCGAUUUAUACAAACAAAUUGGAAUCGACCCUCCGCGCGGUGUGCUUCUAUAUGGACCACCCGGAACCGGCAAAACCAUGCUUGUCAAGGCGGUAGCCAACGGCACAACAGCCAACUUCAUCCGAGUUGUCGGAUCCGAGUUCGUUCAAAAGUACCUAGGCGAAGGUCCUCGAAUGGUCCGCGAUGUUUUCCGCAUGGCCCGCGAAAAUGCCCCAGCCAUCAUCUUCAUCGACGAAAUCGAUGCCAUCGCUACAAAGCGAUUCGACGCUCAAACAGGUGCUGAUCGCGAGGUGCAACGUAUCUUGCUGGAAUUGCUCAAUCAAAUGGACGGCUUCGAUCAGACAAGCAACGUAAAAGUCAUCAUGGCGACCAACCGCGCCGACACGCUGGAUCCUGCACUGCUGCGGCCUGGUCGUCUCGAUCGCAAGAUUGAAUUCCCCUCGCUGCGCGAUCGACGAGAGCGCCGGUUGAUUUUCACCACCAUUGCUUCCAAGAUGUCUCUGUCGCCGGAGGUAGAUCUGGACUCGUUGAUUGUUCGGAAUGAUCCGCUAUCGGGCGCUGUCAUUGCCGCCAUCAUGCAGGAAGCUGGCCUGCGAGCAGUUCGCAAGAACAGAUACAAUAUCAUCCAGUCGGACUUGGAAGACGCUUAUUCGAGCCAAGUCAAGGGAGCACAGGAUGCUGAUAAGUUCGACUUCUACCGCUAA